AUGGCGAGUCCUCUUGGGGACAGUUUUCCCUUCAGACCGCCAUUAGCAGAAAGUGCCGCAAGUGUUCCGAGUCUUCCUGUGACCCCAGGGGGAUUCCCUGCGCUUCUAGAUGCUGCACGGCAACAAACAGAGUUGGUGUUUUGGAUUGUAAGGACGGUUCAGGAACACGAGGGGAGGCUUCAAUCUUUGUCAAGGCAACUUGCCGAUCAACUCUCUGUGACGAAACUGUUGAGCGAGGAUCGAAAAGCGUUUCGAUCGUCAAAGUCACGAAAUUGGCAAGCUGGUCUUGGAAAUCGAGGACUUAGUCGUGAAAGCUUUCACUCGGGCGAUGGCAACAACCUAUCGCAGGGAGCCAGCAGUCCGACCUACCAAGACAUGAUUGAUCCCGUGGAGGAUAAGACUCAUAUUGAGGAAAACCUUGAGGGCGACCUUUCACCUCACUUGGGUGGUGUCAGAGUUGAGGCUGAAGACGAUGCACUGAUGCCAGUCGACGGGAUGGCCACAGUGACGAGCAUUGAAGAGGGCAGAGAGGGCAGAGAUGAAGCAGCUGAAGGAGGAAAAUUGGAACCCCGACUGUCUGAAGUGGACUUGCUCAGGGAAGAUCGCACAGAGUUCACCAGAAACUCUACGGAUCGUGUCAACACAAGCCCACCAGCCAGACGUUUUUCCUUCAUUGAAGGUGGCCGCAGACCAUCAACUCGCAGCUUGCCUUUGCAAGUGGAUCCUAGCUUUGCAGGCAGCCUGCUGACUGAGGAACGGUUUGCUGACCGCUUGGAGGAGAGACUGCAGCAGGUCUUGGCUGAGGAUGUUGAACAUCGCUUGGAGGACCUGGCUCAAUACAUUCAGGAGGAGAUGUACCACUUUGUGCUUGGACCUGACAUGAUGGAAAGAAUCAGGCAGGAAUCUUCACAGGUUCUAUCAAUCGAGCUCGCAGUGGCGUUGGCUGCUCAAGACAAGAAAAUGGAGGAGCUUGUGCAAUCCAGACUUCAUGCCUCCUUGAGUCAAGUUUCCUUGUCGCCACCGGAGAUCCCGCCCGAAGCCUUGACGUCCAUGCGACAAGUUUCGGAGGAAAUGGGUCUACUCACUGACGAGCUGUCGAAGAGAGUAAAACUUGUGGAAGAAAAUGUCUCUGAGCUCAAGGGCAUUCGUCUCCAAGUCCCAGACAUGCGAAACGACAUCAACACGUUGCAAUCCAACCUAGCUGCAUGUGUGCAAAGUAUCGAAGAACUUGAGGUUCAGCAACAAGAGUUGGCCGCUGCAGGAGCAAAACCUUCCAGAAAUGCAUCCCCAACAAGACAAAUGCUAUCACCAUCAGGCAGUGCUGAUGAUGAUCUCACUGCAGAGGAGCUUCAACCGGGGUCACAGACUGUCGCUUUGGCUUUACCAGGACCUUCCCCAGCAGCAUCGCCAUCACAGUCGCUUGCACUUUUGGACGCCUCCACGGAGCUUCCAAAGCCGAAGAGAAGGCUCAGCGACAUGCUUGGCUUGUACAUGCCUCCUGCACAAAAACCGCCAGCUGUAGACGAUUCGCAAGUAAAGGAGUUGGUGGCAGGCACUGAAAGCAUGAAGACUCGGUUGGAUCAACUGGAGCAGUUUGUAGGCACUGAAACAUCAACCAGAAGAAACAGUUUGCAGAACAAAAUUAAUGAUGUCGACACGUUGGCAUCCAUCCUAGAAGACCGGAUGAGAGAGCUGGACAAUGAGUUCAGAACCAGCAAUCAGAAAGUGCAAUCGCAGCUGGAUCUUCUCCUUGCAGCCCAUGAAACUCAGCAAGCCGAGGACCUGAGACACAACAAGACCUGGAAUUUGGCCAACCAGGUGGACGUCAUUCUGAGCGUCAUCAACUCUGAAAUGAGGACUCUGCGGAGUGACUUUGAUCAGAAGUUGAGCUCUGCGAUUAUCGGAGGGAAGAAAGAUGCUGAUUCGAAUGAUGGGCCACGAGACGGGUCACGAGAAGUUCAGGACCUUGAGGAGAAGGUGAAACGAUUGCAGGACAGCCAGCAGCAAAGCAUGCUAAAGAUUGCUGGCCUGCGAUCCGCGCACAAGCAUGCUGAAGCCCAGGCCAAUUUUGCCUUGGAGAAGUUGAAGAGAAUGCAAGCUGAGGUAGGCGGCAUCGUCGACCAGGUGGUGAUGCAGCAGACAAGGCUAGACUACUUGCUGGUGCAUGGUGCUGCGAUGCAACAAAGGGACGGCACUUUCAGCACAAUCGUGUCAGUGGGGGAGCAGGAAAAGAAGCCCAAGCUGAAGGGUGGAGCUACAAUUGCUACAAUGGCAACGAGGACAUUUGAAAAGACGGCAACUCAAGGUGAUGUUACUGGUCCAGAUGUGGCAAAAUUUGAAACGACUUCAGAUGAAGUGAAUGCCUCCAGAAUUGCCAAGAUGGGCAAGAGACUCCUGGAACUCGAUAGCGAGGUGAACCGCACUGUUGUGGAUUUGCGGAGCGAAAUCCAGGCGGUCAACAAGACGUUACUCGCAUUUCUGGAGCUCUUGCCUCGACGCUUGAGAAGGAUGCUGCAAAGACAACUCUUUCCAGAACCCUCAGAGGAAGAUCCUGCAGAGAUCAAAGUCGAGUUCAAAGCUGAAGAGGGUAAGAAGCAUGUGACCUUUGGCGAUCACGUGGAGACCCGAACCUUUACAGUGGAAGAGGAUGAGAGCCGGCUUCCAUGGCAGCUGGCAGGGGAGCCGGACAUCAAGUGGAGCUGGUGCUUCAAGCCACGAGAUGAAAUGGGAAAAGACUUGGCCAUGUGUCUCGAACAAUUCGAAACGGAGCGGGAUGACUUUGAAGCGAAGAUCGUCCAAUGGCUUCAACAUGGCGGAGUUGCUCCAGCUGUCAAUGCAAAGGGGGCAGGGCCAGCCUGGGGCGGCCCGCGACAGUCAGAUGCUAUGAUUGUCAAUUUUGCAGAAGAUGCCGUGGUUGCGGCACCACAAAUGAUGGCUCUAGAAGAUCGUUUGGAGAGGCUUGGAAGCGAGUUUUUCAACCUCAAGAGGGCGCAGGACAAUAAUCAUGUGCGGAAGGCCGACAAAGAAGAGGUUCAGCAAUUGCUUGCGCGUUUGACGUUUUUCGAGAAGCUCAAUAUUCCAGAUUUGAAGAUUCGGAUCGAGUCGCUCGAGGGUGAUACCAAGUUCGCAGCGCAGAAUGUGUCGGAUAUGGCAGAAAAGCUCUACAAGGUAGAAGCUGUGGCGGUUCCUCGUUCUGAGCUGGUAAAGGUGCAAAAUGGCUUCGAAGACUUGAGGUCUGAUCAUCAAGCCAUGAAGGUAGAACUGAAAGAAAUGUCCGCCACCACCUACAACUCAAACCGCAAGUUCGUUCACGAGAUGGCAGAGGCCAAAGCAUGGACUCAGCAAGCCAUCGUCGGCUUGGAAAAGAAGAAGGCUGACGGUCCCGACUUGGCACAGCUGUCCGAGAAGGUUGGAAAGCUUGAGUACUCCAUCAAGGACAAUCGGCGCAUCCUCGGGGAUGGUGGUGGACAGGAGAUCAACGCAGUGGUUCGGCGCAUCAUUUUGAAUCUUGAGGACAAGAUCAUGGUCCUGGAGAAGAAGAUCGAUGCCAUGGCGGAUGGCAGGCCGAAGGACGCCUUGCGAAGCAAGGAGGAUAUUUCUCCGUCGCACCAGCAAAGUGCCAGCUAUCAAUCAACUGAGAUGCAGGAGGCUGCAGUUCAGUCGAUUGGUGAGGAGCUUUCUGUCAUGACGGAGGCAGUCUCCAAACUGAAGCAGGACAUAUCUGUGAGCAAGGCACCAAAAGAGUACUAG